AUGUCGACUUCCCUGGCUACCCCCACACCCAUCAAGAUCUCUGGGCACGAGCACCCGCACAAGAUCAGGUCUAAGCAGAUCAAGGAAGACACAGACGCCGGCCUCGUGGGCGAGCAGACCAUGGGCUUCAACGAAACGAGAGGCGUUCCACUUGACACCAUGACCACCACACCCGUCUUCUCCAGCGACGCCGUCAUCAUGGCUUCAUCGUCGUCGACGCCGUCGGCCGUCCCCUCGAUCAUGCCCGACUCGAGCGUGGUGGGCAAGACGGCACUGGUGCGUGACAUCGAGCUCGAGCGGAUGUCCAAGCUGCGCGAGCUGGCCGAGGUGGCCGACAAGCACCUGGUGGAGAUCACCACGCCCGAGGGCGUCUCCAUCAAGCCCAUGCGGGCCUCGCUCCAGCAGGUCCAGGCCGUCCAGGACGCCAAGACCCGCCGACAACGCCAGAGCCGCGUGCUCGUCUGCAUCAUCCAAUAG